AUGAAAGAUCUUGGAAAAUUGAGGUACUUUCUAGGAUUGGAAGUUGAUCAGUCUAAUGAAGGUAUCUCUAUCUCUCAGAGAAAGUACACUAUGGAUUUGCUCAAGGAUCAAGGCAUGCUGCAAGUCAAACCUCUAAAGCUGCCCAUGGAUUCUCAUUUGAAGCUCACUGCGGACAAGGGCACUCCUCUCUCUAAUCAUGCUGCAAAAAGGCUCCUGAGAUAUCUGGCUGGAACUGUGAACCAAGGAAUUUUGCUAGCUUCUUCUUCUGCUGCUGAACUGAUAGCAUGUUCAGACAGUGAUUGGGCAAGCUGUCCUAACACCAGGAGAUCAACUACAGGUUAUUGCAUUCUGUUAGGAAAAUCUCCAAUUUCUUGGAAGGAAAAGAAACAGUCAGUUGUAGCAAAAUCAACUGUUGAAGCAGAAUACAGGGCAAUGGCAUUAACUGCUUGUGAAGUCACAUGGCUCAAGGCUGAAAGUCUAACUGGCUAA